UUGUUAGAUAAGUUCGAGGGAGCGUCUGUUGGUAUCAUUUGUGAUGUCUAUUACUCUGGGAUGAGUCAUCGAUACUUUGUUAAGUGUCGUCAAACUGGAUGGCGAUCCUCAUCUAUGUCGAUUGAAAAUGGAAAUAUCACUGUGAAUCCACCAUUCAUUCAAGAAAUGUUUAUUUAUAAGCUUUUCUCGUUGAUCAAUGUUGGUGGUGAAGUACAUUUCCCUCUUCCAAUGACUCCCGAGAGCAAGAAGCCUCUCUACAUUGCCACUAGAAACGUAACAUUCACACUAGCCAAGGAACUCACUCGCGCGACCAUAAAUUAUGAAACUAUUUCACUAGUUUACUUUCUGCAGUUCAUUCUUUCUUUGGGAGAUGUUCUAACAAACGGAGCGAAUUAUGGGCACACUAUUGAAGGUCAUCCUGUUAUUGUGGACUUUUGUAUCAUUCCCAAGGAUGAUUAUUUGCUCACAGAUGAACAAAUUUCAACUUUUUGGAAUGAAAAAGUUCACUGUACCUCUCAAUUCAUCUCGGAGGGACUUCAGAACAUUCCAAAAGAGAGAAAAGAGGAAAUAAUUCGCAAAGCUAUCCAGGAAUGGAAACUUUUUGAAGCCUUGGAUCAAGCCAAGAUUUAUGUAGAACAAUUUGUUGCAGAAAAUGAACAUAGGUUAGAAGUCAGCGGGGAUCUCAAUGGAUAUGUUAAGGACAUUCAAACAAAUAUCAACAG